AUGGUAGCCACGUACAUCAGGAGACGAGAUGCCAAUCUUCCCUCUAUACAGAAUGAUACAACGGCAAUCAACACACCCACAAUGGAGCAUGUGGCAACCAGCACACUUCUGGGAGACCACAGGCUCGACACAAUCAACAGUUACUUGCUACCUAAGCAACCUACUGCACCCGUCCCACCCUUGGACAUGAAACUAGGACCCAACCGGGAUAGGGACAUGGUGGUAACGCUAGGAGAUUUCAAUUGUCAACACCCAUCUUGGGGAUAUGCGGUCACGUCGCCACUAGGUAGAAAGUUACAGAACUUCUCAGUCAAUCAUGGUAUGACCCACCUAAAUGACACGACGCAGCCAACGCCCACUGGUGGGCCACUCCAAACGGACACCUCUCCGGACUUAACGUGGAUUCAGGGCCCACUCAGGGCGACGUGGGAAAACACAGGAGACGCGCUUGGUAGCGAUCACCAAAUAAUAGAAAUAAAAAUCACUCCAAAGAAAAGGGGACGGAAAGAACGUCUCAGAACGACGAAGCUGGCGGCAUGGCACAAGGACAGAGAGGAACACCAAGGUGUGGAUUGGAAGCACCUCGGAUGCAAAGAUUUGAACGAAGCGAUCCAAGAGACGGUUAACCGUCACACCAAACACAUCACGAACACAGAAGACCACCCAACGGUCGAUCAAUACCUAAUGACUUUAUGGACUAAGCGACGAAACCUCACAAAACGCCUCCAAAAGAGAGAGAGCAACAGAACCUUCAAGGCGAGAGUACUGGCCUUAACUCAGGAGAGCCAGGAAUACGCGGAGAAAUUGGCCAGCCAAAACUGGAUGCAACUCUGCGGUGAAGUGAACGGUCAGUUACACACGGUCAGAGCCUGGCACAUAUUCCGCGCGAUCAUGGGGCACCGUAAACCGAGGAGCACGCUCAAGAAACUCAUGCUGAGUACAGGAGCCACCGUGAAGGACCUCAUUGAAGAAAUCAGGGGCACAUUCUACCCAGACGAAACGCAGACAAUGGCACAGCCAAUACCAACGGCAGAAACCCGCUUAGAUCGAGAAGUCCAAACCGCACUGAAAAGCGAGGAGAUCAAAGGGAUAGACUCGGACUUCACCGAUGCAGAACUUCAAACGGUCUUAUUCCAGCUGAAGCGCAACACGGCGCCGGGGCCGGACAAAAUAGCAUACGUAAUGCUCAAAAACAUCCCUGACAACAAGCUCGACGACCUCCUACAACACAUCAACGAGACGUGGGCGACGGGAGAGUUGCAAGAAGAAUGGAAAAAAGCGCACGAAAUGGCAGAGGAACAGCGUAAACUUAUGAACCUCCACAUAGGAGGCACGUUAACACCCCGUCGGCCAGCCAUAAAAAGACUAGGUUUUAUCUGGCAACAGGACGGCAAAAGCACGGAGUGGACCGCAAAGACGGUAAAACAGCUCAAUCAGAUCUAA